UAAACAGCUGUUUUACGUCAUGGAAACUUGAAAAACAAAAAAUCUUGAAAAAUAAUUUUAAACUUUCAUGAAAUGCGAAACAUAUAUUUUUAAAAAAAUAAUGGAAUACUCUUCUAUGUCAGAAAGAAUUCUGCGGUCACUAGAAAACAUUAUCAAACACGACUUCGAGCUAGCGGAUUUUUCUAUUGUUCCUACAGAAGACAACACCAAGAAUAAAAGCCCUGUAUUGUACGAGAGUCAUCAUUUGGGACUCGAAUCUUGGUGCAUCAAAUACGUAUAUCAGUAUGUUUGCAGUGAGCUAUUUAAAGUUCGAAAAAAUCUUGCCGAGAAGAAAAUCGGAUACUUGAUCAGGGACAAUUUGAACUAUUUGCUUAUGGGAGGGUUACUUAUUAACCCUGAUAUUAAUACCUUUUGGAAUAUGAGAAGGGAGUUGGUAGAAAGUGACAUAUUAAGUAUUGAAGAAGAACUGAAGUUUUGCAAAUUGGUUUUGACAAGAAAGCACAAGUCAAAUGAAGCCUUCUCCUAUCGUCGCUGGCUACUGAAAAGGAUUCUUGAAAAAAUGUCCAAAAACGGUAUUGUUCCUUCAAUAAACAUUCUACAGAAUGAGUUAUCUGUAUCAGAGCUAGCUGCGACAGGUUCCCAAAACAAUUACCAUGCCUGGACACAUCGAAUAUGGUGUAUGGAACACUUUGUACCUUUUUUUCCCCAUAUCCUUACCCAGGAACUAGAGUUUAGCGAGAGAUGGAUCAGUGAACAUGUCUCUGAGAACACUGGGUAUCAUUACAGACAAUUUUUAAUAAAACUUCUAAAAAACCAAAGAGAUAUCCCACUUCUGAUGACGUACUUUAAUGAAGUAAUUACAAAAUUAAAUCUUUUAAACGAUGGUGAGCCCAGUCAGUUAUUGAUUCUUUUGCUUGGAAAACCUUUGAAAAAUAAAUCAUUGGAAGACAUAUCCAAGCAUAUAAAUGUUAUAGUUUUGCUGUUAUAUGAACUGUUUGUUGUUAUAGAAAACAUUAACAAUGUAUAUACAGAGCAUGAGUCUCUUUGGUUGCAUAGAAGAUUCAUUUUAUUUAGUUUAAUUCAAUUGGCAAAUGAAUAUUUUGGAGAAAACUCAAAAAUAACCAAAAAAAUCACUUUUAAUAAUACUACAUCACAAAUGUAUAAUAAGAAUUUUAUAAAUUUUGUUGUUAACGAUAAUUCUGGUGAAAAACAAGCAAAAAUAUUUAAAACCCAGCCCAGUAAGUUUGAGUCCUCGAAUUUAUACAGGGUGUUGAGUAAUUGUGAGAAAGAAUUUAUCAGUAAAAACACUGGGCAAAGUUUGUUGCAAAUAGAUCUGGCAAGAAGGUAUGAAAAAUGGUUAAAAUUAAUAGUUGGCUUUGAUUUGACUUAAAAUAAUGUCAAGGUAUUUCAAAACAAAAGUAUUUCAGGGAUAAUAGUAUGUUUUUUAUUA